AUGUUGGACAACGUCGAAUUCAUCAAGACGCCGCCGGCGAAGCCGACGCCCCCGGUCUCCACCGAGAGUGGCGUGCGGACGCUGGCGCUGCCGCUGAUCCAUAACGCCCCGUUGCCCGCCGACGGGCCUGGGCUGAAGCACUUCUCUAACUUGGCCAUGAUUGGUCUCGUCGCCGGUAUCCCCUACUUGGUCACCCGCAAGCUUGGUGGUGGUUUUAAGACGUGGGUGUUCUUCACCUUGGUGUUGGUCAUCCCCAUCUUGAUGGCGUUCUGGACAAUCAUGUCGCUGUACUCGCCCCGUCUUAACGAAAAGGCUAAGUACCCCAACCGCCCCAUCCUGUACUACUUGGAAUUCCACACCCCGGAAUUGAAGGCUAAGUACGAAACCCUGAACAACGGUAAGGGUACCAAGAUCCCCAUUGAAACUUUCCAGGAAUUGUACUUCGACGGUAAGGUGUCGUUCAAGGGCGACGCCCUCGACAUCAUCGAAUACAAGCACGACUGGGCCAACUUCAGAUUCACCUUGUCGUUGUUCCGCUUCUUCUUGUUCGGCAUGAUCCCCGAAGUCAUCUUGCACUCGCAAUCGCAAGACGAAGAACAAGUGCGUGACCACUACGACCGUGGUGACGACUUCUACACCUGGUUCUUGGGCCCCCGGAUGAUCUACACCGGUGGUAUCAUUGGCGACCCCGACCGUGAAGAAACUUUGGAAGAAUUGCAAGACAACAAGCUCAAGGUCGUUGCCGACAAGAUCGACUUGCAACCCGGUGAAGAAGUGUUGGACUUGGGCUGUGGCUGGGGUACCUGGGCCACCUACGCCUCGUCGCAAUACGGGGCUAAGGUCACCGGUGUCACCCUCGGUAAGAACCAAACCAAGUGGGGUACCGAAUUGCUCGAAAAGUAUGGUGUCACCCCUGACCAACUGCGGAUUGUGUGCUGUGACUACCGUGAAGCCCCCAAAUCGCAAAAGCCCAACGGUAAGUACGACAAGAUCACCUGCUUGGAAAUGGCCGAACACGUCGGUAUCCGUCGUUUCACCGCGUUCUUGGAACAAGUUUACGAGCUGCUUGAAGACGACGGUUUGUUCUUCUUGCAAUACGCGGGUUUGAGAAAGAGCUGGCAAUACGAAGACUUGUGCUGGGGUCUUUUCAUGAACAAGUACAUUUUCCCUGGUGCUGACGCUUCUACUCCCUUGGCCUUCGUCGCUUCGUGCUUGGAAGCCGCUGGCUUUGAAAUUGUUUCCGUCGACAACAUCGGUGUCCACUACUCGGCCACCAUCUGGAGAUGGUACCGUAACUGGUUGGGCAACAAGGACAAGGCUGUCAACAAGUACGGUGUUAGAUGGUACCGUAUCUGGGAGUUCUUCUUGGCCCAAGCCGUCGUCGCCUCGAGAAACGGUACCGCCACUUGCUUCCAAUUUGUCCUUAGAAAGAACCUCAACUCGUACAGACGGGUUGAGUACGUCCCCCGCCAACACGGGGUGUUGGCUCCCUUGGCCUCCGGCACCAAGUGGGCCAAGCCGUAA